GGUCAAGCCAGAAUACUGGUAGUGGUGGCAGCUACGGACCGUCCACGUCUUUCUCCCCUACCUCGCCACUCCAACGAAUGCCCACCAACUAUAACCGGCAGCGAUGCCUACUCGAUUCACUACGACAUUGGCACCGGAACAAGUACUCCAAAUUCAAGCUCUUCAGGUGUGAAUACGAUCAUGGAUAAUGGACUCGGUGGAAACGUCAAGUACCCGUAUACCGUUCUAAAACGGGGUAAAAAGCACCAUGCCUUCUCGAGCGAAGUUGUUCCAUACCCGCUCAACUAUGAGGCUCGAAUCCUUGACUG